UUUUUAUUCUAGAGAUGAUCUGCCCGAGUAUCGUACUAGAUUUAAAAUUCCUGCGGCGUCUUAGUUAUUAGCAUCGAGGAAGUAAAAAUGACAACGAAAAACACCCACCCAGACGACCCCAAGGUCCCCAUCUUCCGUGCCAUGGACACAACCAUCGGUUCGCACUGGGAAGAGACCAUGAUCGAUGCGAGCCGCACCAUGAUGGGGCCACUAAACGCGCGGCUCAUCUCGCAGAUGGGGCUGGGUGCAGAGACUCACGAGCCCAUUGCCUUUUUGGACAGUGCCUGCGGGGCCGGGCCGGCGACGCAGGAGCUGUAUAAGACCGUUCCGCGGCAGGUUCUCGAAAAGAGCGAUAUUGUCUGCGGCGACGAGUCACCGAUGAUGGUUGACUUGGUGAAGAAGAGGAUCAAGGACGAGGGUUGGGCUGGGGCUCAGGGAAGAGUCAUAGAUGCCAUGGACUCCGGGCUGGAAAGCGACUCAUUCACGCACGUCGUCAUCAGCCUCGGUCUGCAUGUCAUCCCACGUCCGGACAUCGUCAUCAAAGACGUCGUUCGGAUCCUCCAGCCCGGCGGCGUCUUCGGCUGCAUCACGCCGCACGCCGACCACACGAGCUGGGUCGUCGAGAUGCGGACCGCAUUCGCCUCCUUACCCUUCGAAGCGCCCUUUCCCGACAAGAACUGGUCCCAGAUCCACAAAGUCGGGCGGUGGUACGACGAGGCGUGGGUGCGGACGUACCUAGGGGAGAACGGGUUCGGUGCCGUGGAGGUGCGUGUCGAGCGUGGGACGACGCCGAUCAGAAACGCGAGGCACUGGCUGGACAUCUUUGGACCAGUCGUGGCGUACCUGUUGAACACCGAGUGGAGCGAGGAGCUGAGGGCGGCACAUGGGCUGGAGGAGGUGAAGGCCCUUAUUGAAGAACACCUGGAGGACAAGUAUGGAGGGCAGGGGUGGGAAAUGGGUUAUGUAUCCAUUUUCGCUUCGGGGGUUGUGCGGAAGUGAAGCUAUGAGAAUGGGUGACGUGUCAGCCAGAUCGAGGCUGAAUGAGAGGUCCUUCGACGGACCUUUGCGAGGCAAAUCGUGUCGGAGAGUAGACUUUUUAGAAACUGAUUGUUUCCACCGAGAAUAGCUAUCUUUCAACCUGGGGUCCUAAAAAGACCUUCGGGACUAGAUAUGCACGUCUUAUGUGGUAUGACUUACCUGAAGGCUCACUUUUAGCAUCAUCAAAGCCACUGGUAUGUACACACCACAAUAUAAAAGUGGCAUCCAAUGUGUCACGUAACAAAACGAUACCUUUAGUUACGUGGGCAGUAAUAGUAGCUUAUAU